AUGCCGGAUAACGAAUCCCAACUUGGAGUCAUCACAACACAGAUAUGGGAAGACCUAUCCCAUCUGUUUUUAGGUAUGGAAGUGAACACCGUUCAGCCAUCACGAAAUCCAUCGGAAAUAACAUUUGUGGACGGAGAGUUGCUGGAAUAUUAUCGUUAUGCUGCUUUGGCUGAAGGAAGUGAAGACACUAGUGAAGCCCAGGAAUCGGGGCCAAAGAAUGGUGUUGGUAGUGUGAGGAGAUUCGGGAAUCUUAAUGGAGUUUUCGUCCUGGAGGGAAUACCGUAUCACCUAGAUACAACAAUCCAAACUGAUAAGCACGAACGAUGGAAGUGGGACAAAGGUGAAUUGGAAAAACUCGGACAAGAGUUCUCUGGACACGAGCCGAAAUACACGGUCAUUGUGAACAGUAAGAUAAAAAUUAUCAGAACAACCAAGUUUAUGCGACCUAUGGCAGCAUCGGAGAAUACCGAAGCAGAAUAA